UGUUGCAUACUCUACGGCAUUGGUCGUACUGAUACCGUUAGUCGUGCGUAUCCGGAGUCCGGACAGUCGACGUUCAGCCUUCAGUUCGCACGGUUCGGCAAGCGGUGGCAAGCUGGAUAGAUAAGGCCAGAUAACGCCAGAUAACGCUAGAUAACACCAACCAAUCCAUAUAAUCGGACAUAAUCCCGUGUGCCGAUCGAGAAUUCUUGACGGGCGUGCGUGUGUGCGUGUGUGCGAGAGUGUGUGUGUGUCAGUCAAGUGUGUGUGCGUAUUACAAGCAUAUGUAUUAAUCAUUUAAGCAGUGACUUUAAUGCUGUAAUUUCGCCUGAUUGAUGGCUGGACAUGACUCUGGGUCGCGUUUUCCGCGAUGCCCGAAUCUGAAAUCCAGCGAGCUCCUCAGUCCGUCUGAACAUGCUUGAAUUGCCGCAUUUCGAAUCGAAGAAGUGUAUUAGCAGAAUGCUGCAUUGCCGUAGUCGGGCAAUUUAUUGCCGUGCCCGCAACUGAGAAUCUGAAUCGCUGAAAAGAGGAAACCACCAUCCACCCAUCCAUUCAUUUAUCCACACUCAUCGCACCCAUUUGGCUUCCUAAUCAUCCUUGUUCCAAUGACAAAUGCAAUGCGGGCGAUUGCUGCAAUCGCAGCAGGAGUGGGUUCAGUGGCCGCCACGGUCGCAACCAGCACCACCAGUACCAUCAGCGGCGGCACCACCACCACCAUCAACCCCAGUGGCGGCACCACCAUCGGCGGGAAUGGCACAUCCAGUGGAAGCAGCGGAUUCUCUACAAAUUCCACGCUGCUGGACGCCGAUCAUCUGCCGCUGCAGCUCACGACCGCCAAGGUGGAUCUGGACAUUGAAAUCGACAUCCAACUGCUGACAAAUGGCUAUGAUGGCACAACGUUGACAUCGUUCUACAAUGAGAGCAGCUGGACAAAUGCGUCUGAAAUGGAUACAAUAGUUGGUGAGGAACCGGAGCCGCUGUCACUUGUGUCAAUUGUAGUUGUUGGCAUCUUCCUAUCGGUGCUGAUAUUCCUCUCGGUGGCCGGCAACAUCCUGGUGUGCCUGGCCAUCUACACGGAGCGCAGCCUGCGCCGGAUCGGCAAUCUGUUCCUGGCCUCGUUGGCGAUUGCGGAUCUCUUCGUGGCCUCGCUGGUGAUGACCUUCGCCGGUGUCAACGAUUUGCUGGGAUAUUGGAUCUUUGGAGCGCAAUUUUGUGAUACUUGGGUGGCCUUUGAUGUCAUGUGCUCGACGGCGUCAAUUCUGAACCUGUGCGCCAUCUCGAUGGACCGCUACAUUCACAUCAAGGAUCCGCUCAGAUACGGCCGCUGGGUGACACGACGCGUGGCUGUCAUCACCAUCGCCGCCAUUUGGCUGCUCGCCGCGUUUGUCUCCUUUGUGCCCAUCUCGCUGGGCAUCCAUCGGCCCGACCAGCCGCUGAUUUUCGAGGACAAUGGCAAAAAGUAUCCAACAUGCGCCCUGGACCUCACGCCCACCUACGCCGUCGUGUCCAGCUGUAUCAGUUUCUACUUCCCCUGCGUGGUCAUGAUUGGCAUCUACUGUCGGCUAUACUGCUAUGCCCAGAAGCACGUGAAGUCCAUCAAGGCGGUAACUCGACCAGGUGAGGUGGCCGAGAAGCAGCGGUACAAGAGCAUCCGGCGCCCAAAGAACCAGCCCAAGAAGUUCAAGGUGCGCAACCUGCACACCCACAGUUCGCCAUAUCACGUAUCCGACCACAAGGCGGCCGUCACGGUGGGCGUGAUCAUGGGCGUGUUCCUCAUCUGCUGGGUGCCCUUCUUCUGCGUGAACAUCACGGCCGCCUUCUGCAAGACCUGCAUCGGUGGACAGACCUUCAAGAUCCUCACCUGGCUGGGCUACUCGAACUCGGCCUUCAAUCCGAUCAUCUACUCGAUCUUCAACAAGGAGUUCCGCGACGCCUUCAAGCGCAUCCUGACCAUGCGCAAUCCGUGGUGCUGUGCCCAGGAUGUGGGCAACAUUCAUCCGCGGAACAGCGAUCGCUUCAUCACGGACUAUGCCGCCAAGAAUGUGGUGGUGAUGAACUCGGGCCGCUCCAGCGCCGAACUGGAGCAGGUGUCUGCGAUUUGACCAAAAGGCUGUCUGAAUCUCACCGGCGGCGCAGCCACCUGGCUGCCCUGCGGAUGCGGCGGUCUGCGCGUGGACGACGAUGACGAUGGUGCGCUGACCACGCGGUAUGUUCCAUGAGAUUCGGUCACGGCGGCCACCGCUACCAUUGUGGAGACCGUGGAGGCCGCGCAGAUGGAGACGGAGCUGCUCUAGGCCGGCAAAUGGGUUCCUAAAACCAACUCGAUGUCUCACAGUUUAAACCGUAAGCAAUCCCAGCCCUCUACCCCACUGAUCCAGUGGAUAUGGAAACCUGUAAGUAUUAUCAGCGCGUCCCCGAGACUAAGCAAUCAACUAUGCGUAUACUUAAUCGCACUAGUAUCUAGCCGUAAGUCCCACUAACCAAAAGGAAUACAAAUCAGAAAAACAAAAUCGAAACCCAACCCGAAACGUGAUUAGGUCUAAGAUCUUCAAACCCGGCGCCUAAGAGAGCUUCUAGUUAAGUUUCUGUUUGGAUAUUCAUGGCGGUUUGCCUCCAUGCAAAUGCGAUUAUUAUGGAGUGACACAUGUCACUUGCCACAUUUCUCACUCACUCACUCACUAACCCAUCCAAACAAACAAACAAACACACGCACACAACACCAAACCACACAGAUGCAGAUACAUGGGGAAAAAAAAUGAAAGAAAACGCUGCAUACAUCGCGGCGCCCUCAUAUUCGAAUUUCGAACAGCUCUACAUUUGAUUUAUUGAUGAGAAUUUAUGGCCAUUGAACGAACAGGGCUGCCAGCUGCACUCGUAAAUCAUGCAAAAUGAUUAUUGUUGUUAUUAUUAUUACGGGAACAGAGCGAAAGCUGUAAAAUUCCCGACCCUUCGCCCCAAUGAAUGUUAUGUUUAGUUCGAGUGCCACGAUGAUAGCGCGUUUUUACGACCAAACUUUGCAGACUGAUUUGAAUUUAUGCGUUGAAAUCUGUUCCACAAUGUUAAUUAAGCCAACUGUGAUUGACACCGGCACACAAACACAUAAAGAGACGUUAACCCGAGAAGCCUUUUUGGGUACCGCAACCUGAUCCUCCGAUUACCGGAUGAUUUAAUGAGUAGCACCUGCGAAAACACAGCUAUCAGCCUGCGGAAUAAUUAAGAUGUUGCCCCUGGCCCAAUUUCGCUUUCCACUGGCAGCGAAGUAUUUUGUCUUCUGGCCCAGAAUCGGGAAGACAAAUGUAAACAGUUUGCUCUUCACGCCACGAUGAGGAAUUACGCCAACACAGGGGAAAAAUUAUCCUAUUUAUUAGGUUUGGCCAAGUAAAUGUAUCAAUCAAUUACCAGAAAAGAAGAAGAAUAAUAAACGAAGGGAUAAUUUUGAAGAAAUUUUUGGCUUUGGUAAAUUAUUUUAUAUUUUAUUCGGGACUUGCUGACAUAUUAAUACUAUUGUUAUUCCUAUUAAUGUUACUAGAUAAAAGAGAACCAGAGAGAUUUUAACAAAUAUAAAUGGUUGUGUGAUCUAAAUACAAUUAUAGUUAAUUAAUAUAUUUUUUGAAAGUGCUUGCAACAUCUCCCAGGGUUUCUAUCGGUGUAACACUGUUUCUUAGUUACUCUUACCCCUUUGCCACUCGAGUUUCAAUUCCGGUUAUUUGCGGAUGCCGCAACUCUUGCCAGUGCCAUUCCCUUCCGCUUUUGUUAUUAAUACAAAGUACUUAUGCCGUCUGCCUCGGUUUCUCCUUUGGAUUCAAGGCAAUCCGCUUACAACUUUUCCACUCUUUGUUUAUUCGAUUCCCUUUCGCGCGCCUUCCAUUUCGUGUUUAUUUUGGCAGUUUAUUAAAGCUUUGGUGCUGCUUUCGUCAUUUUAAUUACAAUACUCGGAACAAAAGCGAAGCGGCAUUUGUUAUCGAAAGCCACGCCCCAUUUGGACCGCCCACUGCUUGGAAAAAUCGUCAUUGCCGCAACUGGCACGCAAUCAAUUCAACUUCAACUCCAUGAACUCCAUCAACGAUUUCGCACGUGUCGCAGGCUCGCAUUUGAGAAAGGGCUUGAAACUCGGGCACUGAGUGCUUUAUGGCACACACGAAAUGGCCAUGCCCGAAAGCCCCUUUCCCCUCCGCCCACACAGCUCACCGAAUGGGGGGCCUGACCCACUUCCCACAUUCCAUUUGGGUUUAUUUGGGGCGCAACCAUUGACUUUGACUUUGGAAUUUGUCGUGGCCUAAAACCCUCCAAAAAAAAUGGCAUGAUAAAUGUGCGUGGCGCGGCCAAAAGCCUUAACCCAUUACGUUUCAAAUUUGCCUAUAUUCAAUAUUGAUUGAAUACAUUUUCCAUACCGGAGCAGGAAUACGAACAGUUUUAAAGGGAUUCAGGCAUGCACAAAUGUGAAAGGGAUAUUGUACUUGUGCUGAAACAAGCAAUCAAAAUUUCGAAGUAUGGUGUAGUUAAUCUUUAAAACACUUAUUUUUUGUCAACUCGUGUUUUUCAUCCGAUUUUAGCAUACGCCCAUGGGUUAAGAUUUAGGCCAUAACUCUUUCGAUACGGCUUUGCAUAAUUAAGAUAAUGCCCGGAAGCUUUUCUCUGCGAUGCCUUCUCGUUGUAGAAAUUCCCGCUAGAGCCACUUUGUUGCUUCUCUCACUUUAUUCAACUUUCCCUAACAUUCAUUCACUUGCCACUUUCUCCUCUUUCUCUCGUCUUUGAUUCGCCGCUGGAAGCAAUUUGGUGAUUGUGACUACUGCUGCGUUUGAAUCCUUUUGUCUCCCUAUCAUUGAAAUCCUGUUUCAAAGGCCAUGACUUUUUUAGGGUUUCGCUUUUCGCGAGCUUUAAUUGAAACAUUUGACAUCCUGAAGCUCGGUUUUCCCCCCUAUUUCUGCAUUCGUUUUUCCAGCCUCUGGCUGUCUGCUUCUAAUUGUAUUAGCCAGAUUCAAGUUAGGAGUCUACGUGACCAGCAUGGUGAAGUGGUAUUAUCUGCGUCGUGAUUCUCGGAAAGAGGAUCCCUGCCAGCCAAGCUGAACAUGUCCUUUCAUUAGCAUAAUCGGUAUAAAAAAAACUCACUACACUAGUUGCACAGAAAACCCCAUUUGCUUGAAAGUCUCGACUGCUUUUGUUGUACAUUUGCUGCUUGAACAAAUAGAUUUUCCGUAAUUGCUUUCGCAAUUCAAUAAAAUGAAGAACAUAAAAAACACCACCUACCGAGAAAAUACAAAUUUCUGUCAAUAACAGCCAACCAACAAUUACAUUUUUAACGCAAACAGCCACAAUGAAAAACUUACUGUCUCGAUUGAAAAAUAACACAAUUCAGCAUAAUGAAAAUAUGUGGCCACAAUCGAAUGUUUAAGUAAAUCUUUUCUCUCGAAAUGGGUAAAAUUCUUUGAAUUUUAACCAGGUUACCGAAUUAAAUGGCCACAAAUGUCCGUUUACAUUGAUUUGCUCACUUUUGCACAAUUUCCAGACCUCUUCAAUUUCUCAAGUCGACUGUCUGCCCUUGGAAAAUCAUCGCUGGCUGCAAUCCUUCAGGCUAAUCCCAUGUAUACAUAAUGUAUGUCAUAUAUAUUCAAUUGGCAAUCCUUUAAGCCCCGCUUUAAAAUCUGUUUGUAAAUCUGUUCGGGAUUCCCCGAAUGUUUAACUUGAUUCUGAAGCCGAAAAAGUCAAACGAUGAAUGUCAACAUUUCGCAUAAAUUGCAAUCGAUUGCCAAAAGGGAACUCGAAAUGGUCGCUUGCCAUUAGGGAAAAGGCCAUUGAUGUUGACUGGCUUAGGCGCGCUCACUCGCAGAUUGAUUGAUUGAUUGAUGGCAGGAUGGCUGAAUAGCUGGAUAGACGGCUAAAACGAAUUUUGCCGCUUCGCUGGCAUCGUUUCUCAUCUCUUCUUUUUUGUGUGUGUGUGUGUGUUUUACAUUGCCACGCCCUCUAAGCACUGCCAACUAUCAACAGUUGGCCGCCAAAAGUUUUCGCAGCUACCUUGUCCUUCUCGCUCGGCUUAACUUUGGCUAUAUUUUGGCAUUUUUAUAACUUUUACGCCUGCCAGUGUUUAUUUUGCUUUACGACUUUCCACAAAUUCCCGCAGUCUCAACUUGCACACUGUCUUCCUUCUUCCUUCUGUAUUUCUUCGCUCUUCCUUCUGCCCUCCCAGCCAUUCCAGUCUAAAUCUUUUCCUGGCGCGUGUCAUUUUGUAGCCUACUUUCUGGCUGAGCUCGCAUUCCUACGCCGCAUUGUGUAUACGCAACGUAUGCCCGCGAAAACGUUUUAUGGCCGACAUAGCCGGGCGUGCUAAUUUAUACGUUAGAACCGGAUGGGCUCUCAUUUAAUACCACCAGCAGCCCCAGUCACGCCCCAAUGGAUCAUAAAAACGCAAUUUUAAUCACAAUUUUUCUUGGCGCUUACUCCCUGGGAUUUUCGUCUAGGCAAAUUAGCAAAAACAUUUCGAUAAAUAUAUGCGUGCAUAUAAGUUUGGGUGCUAUUAGCCCAGCUCAAAAUAUUGCUCAAAACGUGCUUUAAUUUAAAUACAUUAUAAUAUGUUAUAAUAAGGUUAUAAAAUAUAAAUGUUAAAUCUUCGAACUUGCUGUCAAGUCAGCAACUUUCAUGAUCAAUAACAUUUCUUUCAAAAAGCCAGUUCACUUCAUAUGUGGCUGAACUUGACAUUUAAUGUCUAUAGUGCAGCUGACUGCGCUGCGUAUACGCAAUCUUUGACAUUUGGCAACUUAAAGUGCUUUAAGCUGCCACUAAGUCGUUGGCCAGCAACUUUCAUUUGAUUUUCAGCUUCUUGCCGCAGCCCGUAGAAAGUUUUUCCCCCUUCGAUCGUCUUUUUGUCGUUGUGGGUGGAAAAAAAACGGGGGGGCGGUAAACUUUGGGGCACGGAAAAAGUUUGCCCAGCACUGCAACAAUAACAAAUGCAGGCAAAGUUUAGAUAGAUUUCCAACCCUUCGCGACUGCACCUGCCUCGCACAGCAUGCAAUUAAAAUUAUGUGCCCCAAAUGCAAAAGAGUUCGCUGCCACAGCCUCGAAAUCAUUUCGUAAUGCACUAGGAUCCAGGCUUAAUGCCAGUUGGUAAUUUAAUCGGAAGGCAAAUUUAAUUUAAAGCAAAAGUUUCUGAAUAAAUGAAAUGAUGGCUGUCGUGGAGUAUCGAGUGAAUUGGGACCAUUUUCCAAUCGCCACUUACAAUGACAGUUAUUUAAUACUCUCCGGGACGUGGCUGCCGCUGCUUAUCCUUAUCCUUAUACUUAACCCUUUUCUGCCUGAUUCCCGUCGACAAGUAUCAAGCGAUUUAAGCUGCACUCAAUCGAUUUUAUAUCCCGGCCCUCACAUGUGAUGCAUUUUAAUUAAGAAGGAAGCCCCAGAGUCCUCCGGAGGCGGCCCGUUACAUCCUUCAGCCUACACCUUUUCAUCAAGGUCCUCUUUCCUUGACAUGCCACGCCCCGAGUUCCUUCGGCCUCUUUCACAGCCUCCUCAGCCUCGCAGCUCCUUCUGCAGCUUGCAAUUUUAAACCCAAAUUGAAUUACUUCUCCAUAGCCGGCAUCGUUGGCGGUCUGUUGGGUGGGCCGUCUCCUUGAUUUUCCCCGGGGAAAACGACUGCCUGACAACCCGCAUAUUUGAUGAGUCUUUAAGAAUGUCGCCUUUCAGGCAAAGUCGCCGGCAAAGAACAGGGGACAUAGAAAGCGGGAAUGUCGAGCCGACGGUGUUAAUUGGUCUGGGGAACUCAAGGCAUUUCGAGCUAGGUGUUCAAAGUAAAUAGUAGUGUUUCCUUGACAAAUUCCCAAAUAUCCUCACUUUUCUUUAUUUUCUUGUUAAACAUAGAAAGCAAUCAAGCAACAAAAAAGGAAAAGUCAUUUUAAAAGUUUAAGUCUAAAAGCUGUUUUUGAGCUUUAAAACUACAUAAGCUAAUAGUUCUUUUUAAAGAAAUAAAGAAAAUUUGUAUAAAUCAAUUUGUUCAUAAUUUGCACAGACUUAAUCAUUUGAAUUGAUGUUUAAGUUAUUUAUGAUUCUAAUUUGUGAAAAUUGAUAAAAUUCCCAGCUGCAUUAAACUGAGAAAAGUUCAAGAGACAUAACUUUUUAAUUCGGUAAUUUUAUUCCGCAAAGAGCAAUUAGCCUAGCAUUCGUGAUAAUUCAUUUUAUUCAGCCAUAGAAAUGCAGUCGACCACAAGUGAGAAAAUCUAAUAAAAUGUUCAGAGUGGAAAAAUUUAAUAAAAAUGUGAAUACCAUUUAAUUACACAAAACGAGGUGUUCAAGUGACGCUGAAUAUAAAUUUCACAAAUAAUUCAUUGGGCUUUUGAAACCUUUCGCACAGCACCCAACCCUCGUUUUUUUGGCAUUUAAUUAAUUGACAAAUAUUUGGACAAAGGCAGCAACUGGCUGGACCAAGGCUGGCCACAAAUUGAACAAUAACACAACGAGCACUUCAAACGAAAUUUAUUUGAUAAAAUAUUAUUUCUUCUCCCACCUCGGCAGCUUGAUUUUCCAAUUAAAGCACGGAAUCGGAAUGGGCCGAAACUAAAAAAUCGGUCCAAAAUCAAACCAAGUUAAAAGCAAAAGCAAACCAAACCAGACCAGACCAUGCCUUACCGAAACGAAACGAAACGAACCCAGGCUCUGUCCAUCGGUUAACCGUGUUCUGUGCUCCUGACAGCUGCCGCCCGAGGGGCCAGGAUCAGGGAAAGUGUCCUGGCGGAGCUGCGAGGCAACAAUGCAGGCGUGAACAUAAAUUUCAAGCUCCAGUGAGCCACCCAGAGCCCUUCAGUUCAGUUCUGUUCAGUUCUGGAUUCCAACCCCUCUUUGGUCAGGGCUAAAAGUGCCAAAGUUUAUUAUUAAAUUAUGUUGGCAAAUAAAACUGUUGAACGUAAAAUCAAUUUUGGAACUUCUCUCUGCUCCUGACAAUGCCCACUGCGAAGUGUCCUUUGUUUCUGGGCCAAGUCCUCUCUCUCUCUCUCUCGUUAUUCUCUUUUGUUGGCAUCCUGUGACCGACUGAACCCAACUAAUCAAAUUAGGCUUAAUUCAAAAAAAAAAAAAAAUAGAAAAAGAAAUCAGCUUGCCCAAAAAACAAUUCUUCAUCCCGGGGGAACCCUUUUCGAUGCUGGUAAUCGAAUAUGCCCCAUGCCUUAUGCCGCACUCAUCAAAAUCGCUAACAGCUCGGCUCUUCAACUCGCUGGUCGAGACCGCAAAUAGCCAUUGGAUGGCCGAAAAUCGAUUGGCGAUAUAUGGCGUGUUAUAUAUAGAGAGACCUCUCCACAUGCGAAUGGAUUUUUCGAGGACCUGAAAUAGCGCAAGUUCCGUUUAGCAGAUGAAAACUGAAAUACUCAUAUUGAAUAGGCAAAUUCCCAGGUCAGGGAGGCUAGCAAGGGACAAGGAGACAAGGAGCGAAAGAGAUGGGCAAUGGAGAGCGAAAGAGAGAGGCUGACAGCUUUCUUUAUAGAAUUACUUCUGGCGCAAUAACUUUUCCAACUGAACGAGCCGUUGAUGGAGCACACUCGCUCUCAGCGACCGCUUUUCCACCCGGCUUUUCCUCCCGCUUUUCAUUCCCAUCCCCAUCCCCAUCCCCAUCCCCAUCCUCAUUCCAUGCCAUGCCAUUCAUUGAUUUGCCUUUUGCCAUGGCCAACUAGUGCAGGAGAUGGACAUGCGACGUGGUCCAAAGGGAGAGGAGCAGACUGGGCCAUUUCCUCUUGGCUCAAUCCCCUUAACACUCCAGCGGCCGAGCGUCCACAAAUGAGCCCGGUAUAAAAAUAGUUUGCGGUUAACUCCAUUCAGUGCCUGGUUGGCCAGUCCCUAAGCACAUAAUAUUAUUUAUUAAACUGUGUGCUCCUGCCAAUUUGCCAAAAUCUCAAUUUUUAAUUUCCUUUCCCAUUUCCCUUAACCCCCCGGCAGUCGGCAGUCCAGUGUCCGUAAAUAAUAGUCUGACAAUAUGGGUUUGUGGGAAAAUUAACUUUUAGCCUGGUCAGCUUUAUUAAAUUGAAGACAACAGCCACUAUAAAAUCUGUUUGUGAAUUUGCGUAAAAGAACAGCCACAUUUUCAAUACUUUUUUGCUUGUUAGGCUCGAUAAAUAAAAUCCAAUCGCAAAAAGCCGUUUAAAUACGUUUUAUUUUACCUUUAAUCCGAUAUUUGCCAAACAAAUUAGUUUACCAAUCCUCGGUGCUCUCUUUUAAUUAGUUGGCUUUAUAUAUUAGUUCUAUGCAAAUAAAAAAAUGAAAAUUUCAGCAUUUUCGAUUGCAUAUAAAGCGUUUGCACAAACGAUGUAAAAUUGUUUGCAAACGGUUUGUUAAAUGGUAAACUGUGCAUGUUACCUAUUCAAACAUGUAUAUAUUAUUUAACAACAUAUAAAAGCAUUUGCAUAAACAUUUAUGGACAUUCAAAUAUUUGUUCGAAAAUAUGCAGUCCAUCUGUUUAAACGCAAUCUACAGAAAGUUGAGCAGUGUUUUCCCAAAAGUGAGCACUCAAAAAUAUGAAUCACUGUAAUGAAUGUUUUACAUAGAAAUUCAAUAUUUCUAAUGAAUUCCACACUAAAUUAAUGCCAAUAAAUUCUUCAUUUUCAUGGAAACAAUUUAUUUCAAAUGAAUUUUGUCUUUUGAAACAGAUAGAUUUAGUAUUUCUAAUUAUUUUAAUGUAUUUCGUUAUUCCUAGAACUAAAAGAAUUUUCCAGUAAACCUAAUUCUCGAUUUCCGUAGCGACAAUUGUAAAUUGUAAAUUGUGGAAACUGUAUUUUAGUAUUGGUGCUUUUUCAAAGAGUUCCUCCGUAACUUCUGUGACCACCAAGGUGUUAAGAGUAAGUCACCUGAUCUGGACAAUAACUCCUUUUGCUGUUGUCCUUGCUGCUUCGCUUGCUGUUCGAUGCUGGUGUUUCAGCUGCUCCAUUUCCCAUUGUUGCUAAGUGGCCAUGCGGCUAACCAAUCACUCGAGUGUCCUGUUCCCGGAACUCUUUGCUCCUGGUUCCUUGGGGGAAGUGAGUGAGGAUAAGACAACGGCCAAACAAAUGCCGGCAGGUCCGCAUCUGGUUGUUGGUAGUUGGUCUCCUCCUCAAUUGGCCCAGAUCCUUGCACGAUGAUGUCGAUGCCGGCGGGCCACUCAGCAAUGAUUAAUUACACUUAAUUGUAAUUUAUGCGCCACUCGAGCGGCAGCUCCCAUUCUUCUCCAUUAGUCGGAGGAGGACUCCGUGUCCGUGGAAUCCACUUUAUUGAAAUCUAGGCCUCUGGGCUUCAGCUCCUAUCCCGACUACUGUCCCCGUCUGCUGCUCCUGCUGCUCCUGCUCUCGGAAAAUGUCCCUUUUGUUUCGCUAAUUGGCCAUUAAGCUGCCAAGAUUUUUAAAGCGUUUAGCGUUGACUCUUGUUUUCGUUUUCAUUAGCCUCGGCUUAGGCGCAAAGUCCGCUUGACUUCUGUUUGGCGGACGAAGGCCUCCUGCUGCUGGUCAGCAGAGUGGCCAUCAGUCGACAGCUCCAUCCUACAAUUCUCCAAUAAAUCAAGCCGUUUCCUUGACUUUUCUUGUGGCUGUUUGCCACCGAAAGCAUCGCUCAUUAAUCAGGACGACCUCGGUCAAUGGGAAAUGUUCAUUUGAUGGCAGCUUGUUGCAGCUCAAAUAUAUAGAAGUACAUUUAUUUUUCGUGAUGAUGCGGACCAAACAAUUUGUGUUUCUCUAGCCAAGGAAGAAGGUCUCUGGUUUCUGAUAAAAAGGUUAUUCUGGUGGGCGAACUUGUAAUAAACUUCAGGUGGAUUUGUUUAUGGAAAUUCUUAGAAACAAUUUCAAAAUGCCAAAUCUAUUCAAAUGAAUUAAGUAAGGUGCUGCAAACUUUGAAUUUCAACUAAAUUAAAAAAUCUAAAACCUUUAUUGUGUAAUAAAAAAUAAUAAUAAAAAAAUCACUUCAAUUGCUGAUACAUUCGAUCAACAAAUAAAUCAACCUCUAACUUUCAUGGAAACAAGAGAAUCAUAAACUUAUUCCCCAUCGAGCCAAAACUAAAAUGAAACUUUAUAAACUCGAACCCACAAUGUCCGUCCCUGAAUCAAUAAUCAUUAUCGAAAAGUUUUCUUUUGCAGCUUUCAGCGAACCGUGUCCUUUUCAAUUCUGUAGCCUAAUUAGAUCAAUUCGAUGCAACUGUGAAGUGGCCGAAACUGCCAGCGAAGUUCUCUGGAGUUUUCUCGCUUUUCGUGGAAACUCAGCACUCGACUGUAAUUUGAGCAGUUUUUCCGGGCAUAAAAAUUACGGGGCCCUGUGCUUUUUACGAGCUGCGUCAGCGGCGAACUGCUGACAUAGAUUCUGCACAAAUAUUUCGCACUACUUUUCAUUUUACGAUGGCACGCAAUGAAAAGUGAAAAGCUGAAAGCCUUUUCUUCCCGCCCUCUUUAGCGUUCGUCUUUUGUUUGCUUAAUAUUUGCGCCUCCACCCCGUUUUGCUGGCACUUUUUUGUGUUUUUCUCCCGAUUCUGUUGUUGCAGCGAAAAUAAACGCGGGGCAGUGCAAACAAUGCUCCAGAGUGAUUGCCGUGAAACAUGCUGCGAUUUUGCCGCCUGACACGCCCACCAGUUGCCAACCCGCCCAUCCAUCAGGCCAUCCAACCAUCCAUCCUUCCAUGCAACCAUCCAUCCAACCAUUCAUCCAUCCAUCCAUCCGUGUGCAGUUGCAGGCAUUUUCAACACUUUUGUUUGCAUGCUUAAAUAAAUUCUGGAAAAGUGGUAAAAACUCGCAUGAAUAAACUCCGAAAAUCAAAGAAGAAAACGAAUGUAUUUGGUAUUUAAGCAACCGCAGAUGGGCCAUCGAAAGUUGUUUCGCAACAGCUUUUGUAAAUUUAAAUCAAAUGUUUCGAGUGCUCACUUCACUGUUCGGCGAGGCACUCGAAAAUUGCAAUAAGGAUAAGUGUGCUGCUGGCCUGCAGUGGCAUCAACAAAUUAUCUAAUCGACCUUUUUUGCCACACUUUGAACCCUUCACCUCUGCCCUCAACUUUGUCCUUUUUAUCCUGGUCAGCAAAGUGAAUUGCAGUCACUUGGUCCUCCGAUUCCAUUGCAACUGACAGCUGGCUUUGCAGCAUUAAGUGCUGAAACUACUGAGUCUUGUGGAAUUUGCCACUUCCGUAGAAUCCAGCAUUGACUGCUAACAACAUCUCUAUUUUCGCUGAGAAUAUAACUUUGCCUCUGGCACGACAGAGAUAACACUGCCAAAUGUCCAAAAAUGCCUCGACAUGUUCGAAUAUUAAAUCACUGUACUGGAAAAAAGUGCAGCUUGAAUGUAAAGGCUACCUAAUAUCAAUGUACGAUAAUAUCAGUUAAAAAACAUGAAGCAACUUUUGGGAUCGUUUUUGUUCAUUUAUUUAUAAAAAUGAUUCCGGUUUAUAUUAAUACAAAUUCGGUUACCAAAAUAAUAUUUUAAAUAUUUUGUUUUACACUAAUUAACAUGUUAUUAAUCAACGCAGAGUUAUCCCAUGCUAAUAAGGGGUUUUCUUGUUAAACUAUGUUAUUAAUUUUUAGAAACUAACUGAUUGGGGAAGAGUUUUCCGAAAAACUGUGUUUAUCAUCCCAGAGUUAAAGCAAUUGGUAUUUUUUUUAGUGCCCCAAAGAGUGGCAGUGCUGAUGCUGCGUCAUAGUUUAAUGGCCCCACAAUUGGCACCGAAGUUGACACAUUCUCUCAACUGAGCUGCACUGAGCCGCCCUGAGCUGCGUCGAGUUGGGUUGGUUUGGUGGGGAAGUUGGCAGGUUGGGAGGUUGGGAGGUUGGGGUAGGUCGGUCGGAAAUAACGGGGCAUUAGUGGCUAUAUCCCGUCCCUCAGGGAACGUCGGCCGAGCUGCAUUUUCGCAUCAAAUGUCGGGCGAAACUGCAGUUUUAUGACAAGUUGUGCCGUGUGGAAAUCGUGGGCGGUUAGGCAAACUACCCGCAGUUGAACCACCCGCGUUCUGUGGUGGCUUCAACCACAGUUUAGCGUCUCUCUCUCGAACAUAUCAAAAGAGUUCUGAAUUAUUAAUUACUAAAUGUUGAGGGCUAUUUGCCCCUAACAUCAACUACAUAUCACGCACACGCAGACACACACUAACACACACACACAGCCAUGGGAAUUCUGUACCUUUACUUUACUCAUUUGUACCUUAAGGUGAUUGCGUUGUGUAAACUGUACCCUAGAAAAGGAAAAGUUAGUGACUAAGGACGAGUAAUCUCGAAAUGAAAUUAUGUAAAUAAACAGCAAAUAUAUCUAUAUUGUACUAGCACGUAAGUGACAUGAAGUUUAAGCGAAAACCGAAACGGAAACGGAAACAGAAACUACCAAGUUUUUAGUCGUAAGCCAAAUGGCAAAGUCAUGUAUCGACGUCACACUCUAUGUAAGGCUCUUUUGUACCUCUUGCUCUCCCACUUUCGAAUUUACUGAGAAACCCUUGAAAGCGCUAAGUGAAACUUAAACGUCUUUGUCUAGCUCUAAGUAAAAUAAAUUUAAUUAAAUAUAAUACAACUGAAAUAAAGUACAGGCGCAAUACAUGGAUAGCAAAACGAAGCGAUCAAUGGAUCAUUAGCCACAAUUCAACAAUUAUGCUGAAAGCAUUUAAUAGUCUAAACAUGAACAUAACAACAUAACAUAAUCCGCAUAGAGGCAAAUUAACGUGUAAAUUAUUGAAUCUCAAACGGCAUACACAAGUCAAGCAAAUCCGUAGUGGAAAAAUAUAGUUCAUUGUUGCUGUCUAUUACGCCUAGAGAAUGGAUAAAUAAACUAUGAAACUAUGCAUAAACACAAUAUCAGUACUAGUUAAAUGUGUGUGCGUUUGUCAUUGCAUAUAUAUAUGCAUAUGUAGCCGAGAGUCGCUCUAUUAAAGGUUUAGCUGUAAUUGUAUUUUUGUGUAUAUCUGUAUAUGUCUCUGUAUAUGCUUAGACCCUAAUCAAUAAUCCCACAUCACCUCUGACCUUAAGUUCAUAUCCCACAUACCCACUUGCCCACUUCUCCCAGCAUAGUUUCCUAUUCCCUAUUCUGUAUAAAUUGAAAAUCUCUCAACUAAGUUUACUCAAAAAGAAAACUACUAAAGCAAAGUGAGAAAUACUUAAAUAAAUACUGAAGCAUAUUGAUAAGCAGAA